UACAGCAAGUCUGUUUGGUUUACCGAAGAUACAUAAACAAGGUGCACCUUUAAGACCAAUUGUGUCUACGAUCAACUUGGUCGCCUAUAACAUCUCAAAGUUUCUGGCUUCGAUCCUCAACCCGUUGGUAGGCAGCUCUGAACAUCACUUCAAGAACACCUUGGAAUUUAUUAAGAAGAAACAAUGAUUUUCAUCUACAUCAGCAUCACAAUUCUGGGAACAACAGCCCUGGCAAAAGGGUCAGUUGAAUGCAUUUUCUCGGAAUCUCCUGGAACCCAUUACUGUUUUGGAGCCGUAGGACAGUCGCUAAUUUUUCAUCUGUCACAUAAAAUUGAUACUUCAAUUGUAGUCAUGAAGGAUAACAAACACAGGGUUUUAAAAGCUGAAAAUCAUGAGACUGUGUUUUUAGAUCAUGAAUAUGUAAAUCAACCAAAUAGCAUAAAUAAUGGAACACUGAAACUGGGUAAAGCCAUGAAGAAACACUCCGGAUAUUACCAGUUGGAAGAACAUGACUCUAAAGGAAAAUUACUGAAAAAAGCGAAUAUAUGUCUGAAAAUACAUGCUCCAGUGUCAAAGCCAACACUGUCUCAGACGUGUUUGUCACCAAAACAGAUAAAGGUCAACUGCUUCUCUGAGGAAGAUGGAGUGCAAAUAAUUUUGAGUUUGGAUGGUCAGAUACUCAUACAAAGCAAUGACCACAACCAGUCCCUAACCAUUUGCACAGCCGAGUUUUCAAAUGUUACCAUCAUCUUAGAUGGAAACCUGACUGGAAACCUUAUAUGCCAGAUUUGGAAUAAUAUCAGCAGAGAUGAAACUGUUAUUCCCCUGGCAGCCUGCAGAGGUUCUGUUACAACCUUGACAAUACCUUUGGUAACCAAUGUCAUCAUGCUGUUUGUGGUUCUGAUUCUGGUUAUAGAACAUUUUUGUAAGAAAGCAAGACCGACAACUGUUAAUGAAGGUAACUUUGGCACUGAUGUUAUCUACACAGAUGUUAGAGUGAUUACAAAUAACAAAUGAAAUAAAACCAACGCAGGAAAAUCAGCUGGGAAGGGAUCCAACUCUGACCCUGAAGUGGUUAAGUAGUUGUAUGGAUGGGGUUUUUUUUCUAAAUUUUGUUUUGUUAUUGGUAAUUGCUCUAAAAUUUAGCAAUUUAAACAACUAAAAUGGGUAACAAGGAUGAAUAAUAUUUAUUGUUGUGGACAUGUAUUAGGAGAUUACCAUCAAUUUACAAUAUUCAUUUGCAACAAACACAAAUGUUAGCUUAAUUAAUCAAUACUAUUAAUGUGCAAUAUUCAUUUGCAACAAACAGUGUAAUCUUUUGCCACCUCCACCGUUUGUCACCGUUGUAGACAGACACACAGCUCCUCUCUUCAAUAACAGCUGAAAUAGUUAAUGUUCAUAAUAGUUAAUGUUCCUGUAAAGCUUCUGUUUCAUCAACACUGAAGUAUUAAACAGUUAUCAUGAAUGUCAACCUGGCGGCAACAUUAACAUUAGCUAUUAGCAGUUAUCAGAUAGCCACAUGGGCCAAAUGUUAUUAAUGCAGUGGGUAGUGGACUGGAGGUCAUGGAAAGAAUAUUGAGCCGUGGCAGUGCAGAUUAUGCUAUGUCCAGAGCAGAUUAUGCUCUGCCACGGCAUGCUCAGCUGGUUCUACAUACAUGGAAAACUGGCUAGCUGCUGGUCGCUGGCUGUGCAGAUUAGCACUGUAGCCGAUCUGAGCAGACAGUCCAGACUGUGCCGAACUGUUCCAAGCAAAUAAAUGGUAAGCUCUGGAGCAGUGCAGUGGCAUUUCUUAUCUUGUUUUGGACAGCUGUGUCGUCCAUUUUAAAAUUCAU